AUGACUCACCUCACCUCCCGCGCCGCUGCCUUCUUCGGCCGCAUCACCAGGGUCCUCACGAGCAUCGACAGGGCCAUCAACGCGGACUUCUACACCGCCGCGCCGCCAGCUCAAGCCUGGCAACCUCUGCCCAGUCCGGACUCGGACUCCGAGCCCCCUCCCCCCUACGCACGGUGGGCCAUAGACGCCGCGUGCCCACCGCCGGCAUACUCCUGCCCGCCGACAGGCCCUCCACCCACCUACAACGAGUCCGUCAUAGCGGAUCUCCAAAACCGCCGCGCCGCAGCCCCCGCCCCGCCCCGCCUCCCCGUCUUUCCCUCCUCGGGCGCCGACAAGCCCAGGUCGUGGCGUGCCAACGUCGUCACGCCGGUCCGCGGCCGCGGCCGCCAUUCGACCUGCUGCGCCGACUGCCGCCUCCGCCGCCGCCGCGGAGGCUUCGCCCAGCCCCAGCCGCCGCCGCCGCAGAACCAGGCCCAGCCAGUGGAGGCGGAGCGGCAGCAGCUGGAACCCCCUGCCGUGCGAUAUAUGCGGCGCAGGGCGCUCCGGGCACCGGCGAAGCUUGUGCCACGGGAGACUUGGAUGUCUUGGGGGUGGGAGGAGGGGGGUGGCGGAGGGGAUGGCGGAGGGGAUGGCGGAGGGGAUGGCGAGGGGGAUGGCGAAGGGGAUUGCGAAGGGGGCGGCUUGUGAGGAUCUGUGAUGGGGUUCUCGCAGUCGCAGACGGGUUGGUGAUUCCUGUGGUUGGUGGUUCCAUGCCUGGGGGAUGGAUUCCCUGUCUGGGGGAUGGAUUCCCUGUCUGGGGUAUAUUACCUUACUUUGGUGGAGUUGUGUGAGGGGUAACGGAUUGUGGUUAUGUUGGGCUUGGAGGAGGAUGUGAUCGGUGGAUGAAAGGAAGGAAGGGGAGUUGGGAGGCUUGAAAUGAAGAUACCCUGGGUUUCAUGUCAUGGGUGGGAAUCUGGUUGGGUUGUUGAAAAAAGGAAGUCAUGGUUGGAUAUUGGUCUUGAAUAGUUUUCGAGUUUUGAACUCGGAAGGAUUUAGAUACCCAAGGUACCCUACCUUACCUAGGUA